CGCUGUUAACCGUCCGAUCUUAGUAUAUAACGCCAACGUCUCACGAUCUACCCUUUCACUCUCCAACAAAAAAAAAAAAAAAAGGCGCGUUUUUUUUCUCUGUCACUCGAUUGUUUAUUUCCUUGCGCUCGGGAUUUUCGCCGACUUACUUCUCUCUGUAACCGGGAUCUUCUUCGAGAUCGGCGAUUUUUUCGAGAUUUACGUCGUUUUCUUCGACCUGCAUUGCCGUCGUUUCUAGCUGCUAAGAUUUCUUGUAAAGCACAAAAAUUCAUUUCAUAGAAGAAAAGCUAAUGAUCAUUUAGAACCUUUGAGGGACAUGGGAUUUGGUUCAGAGUCAAAAAGGAGUUCAAACCCGCCGCAAAACUCGAAGAUAGUGAAGGAGAAAGCUCAGUUGUGUCAAGCAAACCUGAGGUUAAAGAAUGAAGGCAAGUUAAAAGUAAAGAACGGUAUUGCUUUGCCACAUGGUAAUCUGCCAGGUGAACUAGGAAAAAAUAAAAUUCAUAGCACCUUGGUCCAAACAAAAUUCUUAGGGUAUUGCCAGGGUCAGCCACUCAAGGGCAAGCCAACAAAAGAGGAUGAGCUUGUCAGGUACAUGUCAAACUUGCCGGGUUACCUACAGCGUGUGAACAGUGGAGAAAACUUUCAAGAGAAGGCAUUGAAUGUUGGAGUUCUGGACUGGGCACGUCUAGAAAAAUGGAAGUACAACCGAAAGCGUAUCCCGACAUUAACGGGCAAUGAUGUAUCAUCCACAAGCAGCAUUUCAUCAUUGAAAACAAAUUCCAAGUCAUCUGCCCUUUCUAGGGCAGUUCCCAAGGAUGGUUCUGCCAACAAAAGCAAGGAACGCUCUUCAACUUGCUCCAAUCUUAACUCAUCUCACAAGGAUGGCCUUCCUCGAGGUGCAAAACUAUCUACUCAGAGGGUUAGACACUUUCAAGGUAUUGAAACUGCUUCCAAGAGCACCUUGGAUCAGCAGAGGAAGACAUCCAAGACUUACAAAUCCUUUGGGAAACAUUAUCCAGAUGUAAUUCUUGGGAAGGGGAAGAAAAAGGAAUUAGAUCAGAAAAUCACUUCAGAAAUGGGAAAUAUGUCAUCAAACAUGAGAAACCAUGGGGUCUCAACUCUGCUAAAGGAAACUGCAAGUGUUUGUAAUGGUGGAACAAAAAACAGAGUAGAUCAAAGGCAGGAAAUUGAUGUAAAUAAAAAGGAUUUGGAUCAGAAGAAUACACCAGAUGUGGAGGCGUCUUCAUCCAAAUCAAGAAACUAUGCAGUUUCACUGGGUUCUAGGAAAACGUUGAGUGCUGAGAGUGACAAAACUAAGAAGAAAGAGACCCAGGAAUCAGAAAUUGAUCUUGCUCAUCAAUGUUCUCCUGGUGAGCGCAAGAAUGUUGUUGUUCUUCUACCAAGAUCUACCCGAAAUAGCAUUUUUGAAGAACCCCGAGAAUUAUUGGAUGGGAUUUCGAAUGAAGCAAGCUGGAAUAGUUUUUCAUAUGACUUCCUUCAGAAGGUUCGCUUUGGGAAAUUAUGUUCUGAAGCACCUAAUUCUUGUCCGUUGCCUUCGGGGGUUGAGACGAAUUCUGAAACUGACAUGAUGGCACAGGGUCUGGAGCCUUCAUCCGAUGCAUCUCAUGGAUCUGCAUGCUCAAAUAAGCCAGGAAAUAUAAGAUCUCAAGGCAAGUCCUCAGCAGAGAGCAGGAUAAAAUCUCAGGAUGCUGAUGUUGAAACUUUAAAGAUACUGGAAGAAGUAAUGGCUGAACUGGGAACCAGAAAAAGCAGAAUUACUUCACCAAAUCGCCGUUUUAGUUUCAGCUUAAGUCGAAUGGGUAGAAGUUUAAGUUUUAAGGAAGGUUCUGCUGUCCCACAGUUGAGCUCCACUUAUGUUUCUGUCAAAUCUGGUCCUGUGAGAUCUGAUUCUUGUGGUUUUUUGGAUGAUGUGAACAAAGAGAAGGUGAAUGGCCAUAACAGAACUAGGUCCAGCCCCUUAAGAAGGAUGCUAGACCCACUACUGAAGUCCAAGGGCUUUAAUUCUUUUCGUUACACUGACACUGUUCAGCCAUCAAAAGGGAGCUUGAAUUCCUCUACCGCAAGGCCAGUUAAUGCUAAUGAAUUCCUUCAGGAAGAAAAGGUUGAGCCAUCAAUGACUCAAGCUCUUCUACAGGUUACAAUGAAGAAUGGACUGCCAUUGUUCAGAUUUGUUGUUGACAAUGGCAGUAACAUGCUGGCAACUAGCAUGAAAAGCCUACCAUCAGCUGCUCAGGGCGGACCUGAUUACAUAUUCUCUUCUGUUUGUGAAAUUAAGAAGAAGAGUGGCAGGUGGAUAAGCCAAGGAAACAAGGAAAAAAAUUGUGGCUACAUCUAUAAUAUUAUCGGACAAAUGAAGAUUUCCAACUCUCCUAUUUCAGACUUGACUGCACAGGACUGUUGUAAUCAAUAUUUGGUAAGAGAAUCUGUUCUGUUUGGUGUGGACCAAAGACAAGCGGAUCAAGCAUCGGCAAAGUUUACACCAAAUACAGAGCUUGCUGCUGUUGUCUUCAAAAUGCCUGGUGAAAGCACUGAUAUACAGCAGGGUGAUAAAGACAUAAUGAAGAAGGGCUUUACAGAAUGUUUGGCUAUGGAUGGAUGCUCUUGCAACUCAAUAGAAAAUGCAAAUAGUACUACUGUCAUCCUUCCUGGUGGUGUCCACAGUUUGCCAAACAAAGGAAUACCUUCCCCAUUGAUUGAUCGAUGGAAAUCUGGUGGAUUAUGUGACUGUGGAGGUUGGGAUGUUGGUUGCAAAUUAAGUAUUCUCGCUGACCAGAACAGCAAAUUACGUAAGAUUUCAAGUACAUGUCAAGGAUGCCUUGAACUGUAUGCCCAGGGAGAAGCACAAGAGAACAGGCCUAUAUUCAGCGUGAUUCCCAAUAAGAGUGGAAUCUACGCAAUUGAGUUCUGUUCAUCAAUCACUGCAUUACAAGCCUUCUUUAUUUCUGUAACAGCUAUAUGCUUCCAGAAAUCCUCUGAUCUGCCAGAAUUCACUUACCUGCCUGAAGUAAAAGUUAAAAAGGAGACCAUGGUGAAUGGCAGCGUCGGAAUGGAGAACAAACCAACCAUUGUUCUUGGAGCCGUGCCUGCAAAAUAUGCUCCUAACCCUCCUCAUUCCCCUGUUGGCAGGGUGUAGUUUCAAACGUGGAACCUUCUUUGCUUUUCAGGUGUAGUUCUCAAGUCUCUAAGGGUACCAAAAUGGGAAGGCAGGUUGACAAUCAACCAUUCCUGACGCAUACAGGGAAUCGGGGUGUAGGCUUGUUAGACAUGGUUAAUCAUCUUGAUUUUGUAAGAGGUGCACAACAUUACCAACAGAUCACUUGUAUAGAAGAAAUAAUAUUGACAAUUCAAUAUA